AUGGCCGGACGAGGACGCGAGCUCACGAUGCCUGCGUGGAUGAAGAAGCAGCAGCUGCAACAGCAGCAGCAGCAGUAUCAGGUCGACGCACCUGCUUCAGCGAGUUCCUUCGCGCCUCCUCCACACGGCAGCGCGUACCCGCCGCCGCCUUCUCAUCAUCAGUACGAGCAGAUGCCGCCGUCCGCGCCGUCGCAGUUUGCUGACGCCCCGCCGCGACUCGCGGACGGCUCUGAUCUCAAGCACGCGGACGACGACCGACGCCGCAGUUCGCGUCGCAGCAGUCGCCACAGUCGCUCGCGCUCGUCGCACCGUCGAGACCGCAGCCGUAGCAAGGAACGGCGCUCGUCGCGGCACCGGUCGUCUCGCGAUCGUCGCAGUCGCAGCCGCGAGCGAUCCGAGCGACGCUCGUCGAGACGCAGUCGCUCGCGGUCGUCGUCGCACGUGGUGCGUCGCCGCAAGAAAUCGAACUUUGACGUUCGCCCGCCAGGAGUGACCGAAGAGAAUGCGGCCGCGUUUGCCGCACAGGCGAUUUUGCAGCAAAACAUGGCAGCGCUGUCUGGAUCCGUGGACUCGGCGUCGUUUGGUGUCCCGCCGCAGGCUGCCUCAAUGCCCAUUCGGAAUGCCCCGCCAGUGCAACCAGUGUACCCACAUAUGCAUCAAGCCAACACUGCGUACGGAUUCUCGGGCCAGUCCCAGCUGACGCGGCAUGCGCGCCGGCUGUAUGUUGGCGGCAUUGGCGAAAUCUCGGAGCCUGAGAUCACCGUGUUCUUCAACGACGUCAUUGACCGUGCGCUGGGCGAGAGACAGGAAGGCGGCUCGGUGGUGUCGGUCUACAUAAACCGCGAGCGUCACUUUGCUUUUGUGGAGCUGCGCACGAUUGAGCUUACGACGGCCUGCAUGAACCUCGAUGGCGUGUCGUACAACGGUCAACCGCUGAAGAUCCGUCGGCCGAACGAUUAUAACCCGGCUACUGUUCCUAAGGAGCUAGGACCCAUUCCGCAGCUCAAUUUGGCUGCUCUUGGUAUUGUGUCUACCACAGUGAGCGACGGCCCGGGCAAGAUUUUCAUCGGUGGUCUGCCGUACCACCUUAACGAGGAACAGGUAAAGGAGUUGCUGCAAGCGUUUGGCCCGCUGCGGUCAUUCCAUCUUGUCAAAGAGCUCAGUUCCAACUUGUCGAAAGGCUAUGGGUUCUGCGAGUACAUGGACAUUAACGUGACAGAUGCAGCAUGCAUUGGGCUGAACGAUAUGCGGCUUGGUGACAAGACUCUUACAGUACGUCGAGCGAUGUCCCAAGAGAAUGCGAAGGCUGUCGCCAGUGCUGCUGGUACAGUUAACACGGGCCUGGAAAUGGGUCUGGAUCCGUCACUCGCUGCAAUGCAGGCCAUUACCAUGGCAGGCAUACCGAGUGUGCCGCUGGGCAACCCCUCUCGCGUCAUCAUACUGCUUAACAUGGUGACGCCGGAAGAGCUUGAGGAUGAGGAAGAGUAUACUGACAUUCUCGACGACAUCAAGGGCGAAUGCGAGCAGUUUGGCGCCGUGCCGUCGCUGUUACUGCCACGCCCGCGUGAUGGCAUCCCCAGUGCCGUCGGCAAGGUGUUUGUUGAGUUCAGUGAUGUGCAGGCAGCCCAGAAUGCCGCGACGGAGCUGCACGGUCGUGGAUUUUCGAAUCGAACUGUGGCCGUAGAGUUCAUGGACGAAGGAAAGUAUGCGCGCCGAGAGCUUGUUUGA